AUGAGCGCCACGGCCCUCCCCUCCUCUUUGCUUCGUGGCCCCUCCAUCCAGACCCGCAAAGCCCUGCUGCUGCUCGAUCUCCAGAAUGACUUCGUCCGCCCGUCCGGCCGUCUCCCCGUCCAGAACACCCAGGACUUCAUCGAUCUCAUCCCCACGCUAGUCCAGAGCUUUCGUCGUACCGGCGAUGUCGUCUGGGUCCGCACGCAGUACGAGGACUCGCGGCCCCUCGUCGACCCGGACAGCGGCGGCGAGCGCAUCGUCCUCGAUGCCGGACCGCUCGACAGCAAGAAAGACAAGAAGAAGGCAGGGCGGGAUCGACAAGAGACGGAGAACGAGGAUGAUACCGAUCCCGAGGCCUUUCUGUCCGGUCCAGACCCGGCUUGCCGUGCCCAGACGUCGGGUGCUCAAUUCCCUGCCCCGAUCGUCGCCGCCGUCGAUCCCGAGAACGACAUUGUCAUCGUCAAGUCGGACUACUCGGCCCUGCAGUCGCCCGGCCUAGUGCUCUCGUUGCGCUCACGCUUCGUCACCGAACUGUAUCUCUGUGGCAGCCUGUCCAAUGUCUCCGUCUAUGCUACCGCCCUCGAUGCCGCCCGUCAGGGCUUCUCGCUGACUCUGGUAGAAGACUGUCUGGGUUUCCGCAGUUUUGCUCGACACGAGGAGGCCAUCCGUCGUAUGGCUGAUAUCAUGGGUGCGAACGGCAUCUCUGUCCAGGAGCUGCUCGAGGAGCAGGAAUGGCAGGAGACUCACGACAUUGCCCAUGCCUCCUCUCCGGGACAAGAUCAGGAAAAGGCACAACGACCAGGACGGUCUCAUCCCCGCCUGGGAUCCCGCGCGACGACAUCUGCCGGAAUCGAGGGUGUCAUGGACCAUCUCGCCGUCAAGGGCUCUCCGCCUCCCAAUCCCCCACAACCCCGUGACCCCGCGCGCCUGCGCCACGUCGAGUCGCUGUCGGCUGCGGCGACGGUGAUCGAGGCAGACCCUGACUUGGACGCCGACGGUUCAGAUAAGGAACCCUGGCUGCUGCCUCCCUCCAAGUAUCCACGGUCCUCCACCCGCCCUUCGCGGGAGACCCACCCGGGGGGAACCGUCUACAGACCCGUCACUCGCGUCCGCCGUCCCCGGAGGCCCGCCGACUCUCCGCCUUCCGCCCGUCGGCCGGGCUCAUCUCGCGCGGCGGAAUCCAAUUCCGGACGGACAUCCUCGACUUCCCCCGUCCUUACCACCACGACUGCUCCCACUGCUGCUCCUUCCACUCCACCCCCGACGGCGUCGACGACAACAACAACAACAACAACAACGCCAAAAACAACAAAGAAUAAGAAGAAGACAGAGGCCGAUGGCAUGCUCGGACCCGGCGAUCAUAUCGGGGAGGGCGACUCUCGCAUCAUCUACAAUGUGGACCUGCCGCCAGACGCCUUUCCCAACAUCCGCCAGGAGGUGCAGUGGCAGAAGAUGUACCACCUGUCAGGACAGGUGCCACGCCUUGUGGCUGUCCAGGGCGCUGUCCUGCCGGACGGCUCGAUCCCCAUCUAUCGCCAUCCAGCGGAUGAGUCGCCGCCGUUGCUCCCAUUCACCCCGACGGUGGACCGCAUUCGCCAAGUCGUCGAAGGCAUCCUCGGGCAUUCGCUGAACCAUGUGCUCAUCCAACUGUAUCGAAGCGGGCAGGACCGGAUCUCAGAACAUUCGGAUAAGACGCUUGACAUUGUUCGUGGUACUUCCAUCUGCAACGUCAGCCUGGGGGCGCAGCGGACCAUGAUUCUGCGGACCAAAGCGUCUGGCACGGAGACAGCUGAGGACGACAGCAGCAGUGGCGCUGGACGUCAGACGCAACGAAUACCCAUGCCACAUAAUUCGGUGUUUGUCCUGGGCCCCAAGACCAACAUGCGGUGGCUGCACGGAAUCCGCGCAGACAAACGUCCUGACGAAGCCAAAUCGGCCGAAGAGCGGGCCUUUAACGGCGAGCGUAUCUCGCUGACGUUCCGCUCCAUCGGCACUUUCAUCCAUCCGACCAAGCAGACCAUUUGGGGUCAGGGCGCGGUGGCCAAGACUGAAGGCGCCGCCCGCCCGGUGAUACAUGGCGACGCGGCCGAAACGGAGCGACUGAUCCAGGCGUUUGGGCGGGAGAACCGCGACACGGACUUCGACUGGGAUGCGGUGUAUGGCGGAGGGUUUGACGUGGUCAAUUUUGUGACGCCGGCUGUGGCGCGGUUGGUCCUCAGCGGCGAUCCGGUGGCAGAUAUGCGUGUGCAGCUCGCUCUGACAGAGAAUGGGAUGCGAUACGAGACAGAAGGCCCCAGCUCUACUGGUCAGCUGGUCUACGUCAGUCCCGACGGGAAGACCACUGUGACAGGCGAUAUUGACAUUCUCUCGUAUUUGGCGCAGUUGAAUGAAAGCCCCAGACCAGGAGUGGACAUCCUCCGCGGGGGAUCGCAACUGGAACAGAUUGCCGAACUGACGGCAAGCUGGCGACGAUGCAGAGGCAAUGUGAAAGAUUUUAGUGAUUUAGCAUUGUGGGAGCAGAUGCUGCAAGAACAGGAGCAGAGUCACGGACACCACUACAUCUCCGGAGCGGCGUUUGGCGUUGAUGACUGUGCACUGUGGCCGUUGUUGAGGGAUAUGCAGCAGCACAAGGCAUCGAUCCUGUCCUCAACGGAGUAUCCCCAUCUGUGGAAUUACUACCACCGCGUGG